UCGGUAUAAAACAUAGUUGCCUGCAGGAACUUUCAAUAUUUCCUUAGUCACAAUGAAUGCUAUCACCAACAUGUUUUGUCUUCUCCUAUUGGUACUUCAGUCCUCUAAAUGCUCAGCACAACAGUGCACAGAGAGGUUCAUGGACUUAUCAUUAGUGAAGUACAGAGCUGAGCAUAUUGGGAGUGAGUCUGAAGGCUAUAUCUUAAGAGAAGAGACCAUAAUCCUACAAGAGUACAGAUUCAAUUGCUCGUACACCAGAAUAACUCAUCUUAUCCUGGGUAUUGAUGUAAGAUCAAGCCUCACAUUUCAGCUUUUUCCUAAAGUCCAAAUUUUGCGAUCAAGAAAAAGAUCUAGCUUACAAUAUGAUGUUGUGAGUGAGAGAGUUAUCUACUAUUCCACCACUAAUGUCAGUACUAGUGGAGUCUUUGCAUAUCCAUUUAAUCCUCCUAUACCAGUAAUGAGGGGAGAUCUGUUAGCUGUAUCACAGCCAGACAGAAAGAACAGCACAGUCAGGAUCUUUGCUAUAUCCAACAACCGAUAUACUUUUAAUAGUAAAGUUCUUGGUUGCACUGAUGAUGAUCAUUGCAUUAAAACUAAGCAUUUUAUUUUAGUUUAUCCAGUUACAGAUGAUUACUGUGUUAAAAGUCUUAAUUCGAUCAAGCCCACUGAUGUCAUUGAGAAUGCUCUUAAAAUUCAUCAUUCAGAAGUCAUACAAGAAAUGAGGCAAUACAUUUAUCCAGAGAUCAAGUUUUCUUGCAGUGGGUCAGUUACUAAAUGGAUCUUUGGAGCUACCUAUGAUCUUAGUCAAGACCCUAAUUGGCUAGUAAAUACAAAGCUACCAGAAUUGCAAAUAUGGAAAAAGCUCAGUAGGUCAAUGUACGUCAAAAAAGGUUCUAGUUUGUUAAAGCCGAACGCCAUAAGAAGCAUUGGUAACAAUCUGUAUGAGCAUAUUCCUCAAAACCCAUUAGAGUUUAACAAAGGAGACUUAUUUGGCAUUCAAAUUCCAGAAAAGAGCCAAAUAGAAUUGUAUGAACAGAAAACAAGUGGACCAGCCAAUCUGAUGAUUCAAGCUAAAUAUGCUCCUUCAACCAUUGAAAAUAAAAUAUUUCAUAUGUAUGAAAAUGAUUUCCCACUAGUUACUGUUGAAAUAAGUGCUCAAAUAAGCCCCUCUAGGUCAAUCUAUGCUUCAUCAAAAAUUCAUUUGACUUCAAUUGAAAGCUACUUCACAAUGUCUACACGCAAUUUGUUAUUUUCUUCAGAAAAUUUAAUUUCAAGCCAUUCUACAAAGCCCACAAUUCCUUCUACUAACAUACCCCCAGACAAUAAUCACGCUGGCAAAUCAGGAGUGGCAGUAGCUGUUGUGUCAAUAAUGUGCAUAACAUGCAGCAUAAUAGCAUUUUUGGUCAUAUUGGCUAUUGUCUUUGGCUGUAUUGUAUCAUCAAGGAAGAGAAGGAACUCAAUUGGUAUAGAUCUAAGCACAGUUUCUCAAGAAAACACGGAAAAUAUUUACGAGAUGCAGGAAGCUUUUCAACUGAAAGCAUAAACCCUCCUAUUCAAGUCCAAGCAAGACUUGAAGUACUUUCAGACUUAGUUGUAUUAAGAGUAAAAAUUUAGUUCAUACAUUGUAUUGAUAGUGUUAGAAAUUAGAAUAGUGAAGAUGAAACACCAUUGAAACCAUUGUA